AUGACCACAACCCCCACCAAUGGCUGCCGCUCACACCUGGACUCCAGGUACCAGAGACUUUGUGAUAUGUCUGAAGCAUGGGGCAUCGUCCUAGAAACAAUAGCCGCAGCAGGGGCUGUGACCUCAGUGGCCUUCAUGUUCGCUCUCCUGAUCCUCAUCUGUAGGGUGCAGGACUCCAACAGACGGAAAAUGCUUCCGACCCAGUUUCUCUUCCUCCUGGGAGUGUUGGGGGUCUUUGGCCUCACCUUCGCCUUCAUCAUCAAGCUGGAUGGGGGCACAGGGCCCACACGCUUCUUCCUCUUUGGUGUCCUCUUUUCUAUUUGCUUCUCUUGCCUCCUGGCUCAUGCUUUCAACUUGAUGAAGCUAGUCCGUGGGAGGCAGCCUCUGUCCUGGAUGGUGAUUCUGGGCCUAGCGGUGGGCUUCAGCCUGGUACAGGAUGUCAUCGCCAUUGAAUAUGUUGUCCUCACCAUGAACAGGACCAAUGUCGACAUCUUUUCUGAGCUUUCUGUUGCUCGUCGAAACGAAGACUUUAUCAUGUUGCUUAUCUACGUCCUUUUCCUGAUGGCGCUGACCUUCCUCACAUCCUUCUUCACCUUCUGUGGAUCCUUCAGUGGCUGGAAGAGACAUGGGGCCCACAUCUGCCUCACCAUGUUCUUCUCCAUUGUCAUCUGGGUGGCAUGGAUCACUUUGCUCUUGAUUCCUACCCCUGGCCCCGAAUGGGAUGACACUAUCUUGAGCACAGCCUUGGUUGCCAAUGGCUGGGUUUUCCUCUUGGCUUAUGUCGCCCCUGAGUUUUACCUGCUUACAAAGCAACGGAACCCCAUGGAUUACCCGUUGGAAGAUGCUUUUUGUCAACCUCAGCUCAUGAAGCAGAGCUAUGGUAUGGAGAACAGAGCCUAUUCUCAAGAGGAAAUCACUCAAGGUUUUCAAGAGUCAGGGGAUACCUGCUAUGCCCCUUAUUCCACCCACUUGCAGCUUCAGAAUCGGACUCCCCAAAAGGAUUUCUCCAUCCCCCGGGCCCAGGCUCGAACCAGCCCUUACAGUGACUACGAAGGAAGGAAAGAGAGCAGUUAGCUCUGUUCCAAAGAAAGGAGUGAUCGCAGCCAGGCAGCAGACCCAGCCAGCAGUCCAAAGAGAUGUGGGCUAAAUCCUGUCUUCCAAGAGAACUGCAUGAAACAUUGUGGGGACAGCUGCCUGCCCUCAGCCUCAGCCACUGUGCUUGUGGGGCUUCUGAGACUCUAGUUCUUCUUAGCAUUGUGGUCUUUUCCUUUGUCCCAUACUUAGGGUACUUUAUUGAAGUGGGAGUCCUGGGCAGCUCAGGGUGACUCUUACUAUUUUCUUAUGUGUGACUAAAAGUCUGGGCAUCUGACCGCAUGCUGGCUCAUUCAACUCCUGAGGCGAUUCAUUAGGUAGGUUUGGUGGAAAUCACUUGGCCAGAGUGGAACUGCAAAUCUGAGCAAAUCCAGCAAGGGUCUGUGUCUCAGCCUCAUCUUGUCAAAAUCUACACUGGAAGCCAACCUCCUGGUAGUCCCUUCCUUGCCUUCUUGCCUGACAGGAGAGGUCAAGGUCACCCAAAUCUAUGCUUCUAGAUGAUGUUCCUGAUCAUAGGGCCUCUCCAUCUCCCCAGCACCAAUUCACAGGGCAUCCUUCUUUCUUACACCAUCCCCAAACUUGUUCUUGACCCCCAAACAUAAUCUUUCAUGUGUACUUUGCCAGGAGUUCUCCGGACCUCACUAGCAUGCACAGCCCAGUUUCUCCUGGCCAGGAAAAUUUAUGCACUGUUCUUCUUAUAAAUUCUUGUCUAAUCUGUUUGCUUCUCAGCCUCUGUUAAUAUAUUUACACUGUAUUUAUCUCCUGAGUUCUGUAAGUGGGCAUUGUCUACUCUUGGGGGUAUUCUGUGGUAAGUUAUUCACUUGUAUAUGCAAUAAAGAUGUGGCGGUGACUUUUAAAAUA